CACCGCCUCACUCUGAUACAACAGCUGAGAAAGCAGACAGACCAUCACACAUCUCAACAAUGAAGUCAGCAGCUCUCCUGGCACUUCUGGCCAUCCUGCUCUUCGUAGAUGUGAGAGGGCAACGGGAUUCUGCUGGAAGAUGCAAGUGCUUGGGUGCAGGGAUAAAUGCUAUUCGCCCAAACCGCAUCGAGAGGCUUGAGGUUCUUCCUGCUUCUGCCUCAUGCCCCAAUAUGGAAAUCAUUGUCACUCUGAAGGAGAACGGAGGACAGAAGUGCCUGAAUCCAGAGAGCAAGUUUGCCAAAAAUUUCGUCAAGAGAGCCAUCAAAAAGAGGAGUGCACUGUAAAUUCCACUGGAUAAGUCCACUGAUCUCGCACUGAUUCUAGAGGCAGCUAAUAUUGUAAAUGUUUUGUGAAAUGUUUUGUUUAAAUUUGUUGAAAUGCAAUGUCUAUGAAGAUAUUUAUACUGAAAGUUGUGAUAAUGUAUAUACCAUGCUGUGAUUACUAUUCUGUUGUUUAAAGAAGGAAAUAAAA